AAACUCUACCCAAGAGAGCAACUACAAAAGAGUAGCAAGGUGGCACUUCACUCCCUCACACUUACAACAUCUCUUCCCUCAAACAUCAGCGCAAUGCUGGAGAUGUCAGCAGGGCAAGGGCAUCUGGUGGUCAUGCAAGGUGAUACAAUCAUAUUGGAAAUGGAUAAUAUCCAUUAUGUAUGCCAUUACUGGACAGCACAUACAGUGCACCCCGAAAACAACCUCAUUCCUUUUAUACUCCUCACCACUCCCAACAAACAUGUGCAUACUCAUAAACCACCUUCUAUCAGCUGCUAA